AAUUGAAGUAAUUACUAAAUCAACCAUCUUUUGAAUAAUGAAUUUAGAAUUAAUUAAAGAUAUCUCACCUACUACGUACCACCAGCAUAAGAUAUUUAAUUUCAUGUUGUUAUUAAUUGGGUAAAUGUUAAAUGAGUCACUAAAUAUUCAACUAAAUCAAAUGAGUUACUGUAUUUUUAGACUCCUCAUUAAAUUGAGCAUUAUAUUUUAAAUUUUUUCUUUGAUUUCAUAUUUGGAACUGGAUUUGAGUAUUUAUGACUAUGUGAAGCUUUUUAAAGUGAAAAUAGAGUUGAUGUUAGAAAGCAUUCAUAACAUAUACGUACCGUAAUGGUUAGCAUGGCCUUUUUUUGAAACGCAUAACCAAUUUGACUCCAAAUUUAAAAAAAAAACUAAAAUUUUGACAAUUCAGCCACCAUUGAAUCUUCUCCCAAAACCACCCACCUGUCCUUUUUGGAUGUUUGUGUGUGGUUGUCCAUGUUUGUCGUUUUUGUCUUCCUCUGCUGUGUCUUGUCCUUCUCCAAUUAAUUCCCCUCCUAUCCGGGCAAUCUACCAUCAGACCAAUCCACCACCAAAUGCACAAUUGAUUACUCCCUUUAUGUUUCCUUAUUUUCCAUUCCCUUGUUUGCUUGUUCAGCUUCAUUUCUGUGAGUCCACAGCCCACCAACCUAGCCCCCCUAGGGCUUUAAAAUUCUUUGGAGUUGAUGCAUAUACAACUAUAUGUAUCAAUAACAAUUGAUCAAGAGAGAAGAUUGGAGAGAGUGAAAUGCAUGACUUACGAGGAGAGGAGGAGAAGCUGCUCCCCCUUAUCUCCCCUCAUUCCUGUUCCUGAAAAGGUAAAGGAAUUGCCAAUUUGCCACCUUUUUCACAUAUCUGUGGUAUUUCUUCCUCUCCUCUGUCAUAGCUAAAAGAGGGCUAGCUAGCUAGCUCUUCGUUUGGGGCUUUUAGGUUUCACAUGGGAGCCUCACUGAAAGGGAUCUGCAAGGGGUUCAAAUGCAUCUCUCGAAUCUUUGUUGUGAAGGAGCCUGAGAUGGAAAUUGGGCUCCCAACAGAUGUUAAGCAUGUGGCUCAUAUUGGAUGGGAUGGUCCCUCUGGCAUUGCACCUACUUGGAUGAAUGAGUUCAAGACUUCAUCCGAUCUCACGGCCACAUCCAUUGGCAACAUUAUUGAAACAAUAGAUCAUUCCAGCUCUGCAAUGCCCACAUGCUCUUCUCAAGUCUGUGAAUUCAAACGCACACCACCGGCGGCAGACCUUCCCGAUGCUCCUAAAAAGAAUAAGCGGAAGAAGAAGAACUUGAGUUCCUCCUCAUUGAGGUCAUCUCGCGCAGCAAAUCGAAGUCUAGGUAUGUCGAAAACAAGUGCCUGCAGGCCGGCAGAUGUACAAGUGGUGUGAAAAUGACAAGUUUGUAGCAAGAAUGGAGAAAUUUUCUAGUGCACGUCACAGACUAUCAAGCUCUUAUCGCUGUACUUGUAGCAUUAAUUAUCUGUGGCCAUAUAUAGCUACAAAGAAAUGGCUGGUUUCAAACUUUUUCUUUGAAUGCGUACGUAGAAGAAGAGUGCAAUGCUUCUGUCUGUGAGAUUAACAUAAGCAAAGAAUGAAUGCCAUGUCAAAGGUGAUACAGUACUGUUUACGAGCUGAUGUGUAGAACGGGUCGUGUCGCGUCAUGGCGACAUUGGGGUCACGCCACGCUCAAGGGGUUGUGUCCCCAUCCCCUGCAGGACCUCUCAAGGGUCUGAACCCAACGCGAGCCGUUUUGCACCCUUAACGCAAUUUUUUGAUUUACCACAUGAGAAUAACAACGUAAAGUGCUUGAUUUCUUCGGUUGCGAUUAAGGGGGCAAAAUUUAUAUUUUUAAUUAUCUAUGU